AUGACUGAUAGAUUAGUGAGUCAAAUACAAAAUCAUUUACCGAAUAUUCCUGUACAAGUAGUAUCUCAAGGGGCUGAAGCAUUAGUAUUUCAAACUUCAGUACAUCCAUAUAUAGAUAAACCUUAUCUUAAGAAUCAAGGUAAAUAUAUUAUUAAAUAUAGACCUUCAAAACCUUAUAGACAUCCAACAAUUGAUGCUAGUAUUACUAAAAAUAGAACGAUUGGAGAAGUUAAAUUUAUGAAUAAAUUAACUAAAUUAGGUAUAAAUGCUCCAUCAGUAAUUCUGGCUGAUUAUAAUCGAGGUAUAAUAUGGAUGGAAUUUUUAGGUACAGAAUUAACCAAUGGUGAUAUAAGUUCACUAAAAAAUUGGUUGUGGUACUUGGAAAAGAAUGAGUCAAAAGAAAAAUGUCUUAAUGAUCAAGUUCAGAGUGUAUGUAGAAAAGUUGGUAAACUUAUUGGUAAAUUACAUUUAAAUGAUAUGAUUCAUGGAGAUUUAACAUCUUCUAAUAUAAUCUUAGAAGAUUUUGAACCUGCAUUAAUAGAUUUUGGUUUAUCAUCUUAUUCUGGUUUAUCAGAAGAUAAAGCAGUUGAUUUAUAUGUAUUAGAAAGAGCUAUUUUAAGUACUCAUUCAGUAUUUUCAGAUCAUUAUAAUCAAUGGUUACUUGAAGGAUAUGAAGAAAUUCAUAAAGAAUUCUCUAAACAAGGUGGUACUAAGAAAUAUGUUGAAACUUAUAGAAAAUUAGAAGAUGUUCGUUUAAGAGGUAGAAAGAGAAGUAUGUUGGGUUAG